AUGAACAACUUGACAUUCAACCUUGGCCGUCGUCAUCCUGGCAACGGGCUUACCUACAACUUCCGUGCGUACGCUACGCGGCGCGUCAGGGAGGACUUCCGCAAGAACAAAGCACUCAAGACCGGUAGCUCCGAACAGGAGAAGGCGCUCGAGUUUGCGCGCGAGCAGGUCAACGUGUUGUACCGCCAGGUGAUCGUGUCCAAGCUGUACCCGCCCCACGUCAAGAGUGUAAUGGAGACGCUCAGCUGCUGGCCAGCUCAGAGGUAUCAAACUGUUCAAGCCUUUCUGUAA